AUGAAAUCAAUAGCAGGGAUUUUUGAAUCGUCAUUAGACAAUUUUGAAAGAGAAAAACCUAUUUGCAACACACCUUUAAAAGUGGAAAUGAAACCAAGUCCUAUAAGAAUAAAUAAAAUUGAUUUGCUAAAAGUUGAUAAAAAUUGCUUGAAUUCUAACCCUACUUAAGAUUAAAUAAUUUAAUGAAAAAAUUAAAAAAUAAUAAAAAAAUCAUUAAAAAAUAAUAAAAAAUAUAAAAAAAUAAUAAAAAAUAAAAAAAAAUAAUAAAAAAUAAUAAAAAAUAAUAAAAAAAAAAAAAAAAUAAUAAAAAAUAAUAAAAAAUAAUAAAAAAUAAUAAAAAAUAAAUAAAAAAUAAUAAAAAAUAAAUAAAAAAUAAUAAAAAAUAAUAAAAAAUAAUAAAAAAUAAUAAAAAAUAAUAAAAAAAAUAAUAAAAAAUAAAAAAAUAAAAAAAAAAUAAAAAAAAUAAUAAAAAAUAAUAAAUAAUAAAAAAUAAUAAAAAAUAAUAAAAAAUAAUAAAAAAUAAUAAAAAAUAAUAAAAAAUAAAUAAAAAAUAAUAAAAAAUAAUAAAAAAAAAUAAUCAAAAUAAUCAUAUUUAAUUAAAUAGGAGUAAGAGAUCGUUAAGAGCUGUAACAGAAAGAAUACCUACAAUGACACAGCGAAGUAAAAGUGUUAACCGAUUAAAUCCCAGGGAUAUUGAUAUAGCUGACAUAUCCAGGUCUGAGACUGAGAAAUAUUAUUUGUCCGUAAUAUCAGCUUUAAAUACCGACAUCCACAGACUUAACUAUAUCCUCGAAGCCAAAGUAAGUUAUAUUCAGGACAAAGAACUCGAAAUUUUAAAACAGCAAGGCAAAAUCCAGCAAAAUCGAUAUAACGAAUUAUUACAAGAACUCGCCAAUAAAGUAACAAAUAAUUAGAACUCAGAAAUCACGAGUUUACUCUCUACAAAACUGCCGAAAAUAGAUAAAAAAUAA